AUGGGCCAGAUCAGUGCCACUGUCGACCAGCAAAAGAAGGCCCGUUUACUGGUCUUUCCAGACGUAACUGUGACGGGGAGGUUUUUUUUCAUCGGUCUCUCCAUUUGUGCAUUACCCGUUGCUCUCUGCCGAGGCGAUUGCUUCCUUCAGCUGGUUCCUUACAGCGGUUUGGAAAUAUCUAGGGCAGCCGGCGUUCUGGCAGACUCAACUUUUCUUGUCUCUCCCGCAUACCAGCCAUUCGCAGGCACGGAGAAUAAGCGUUGUUCAAAUCUCCGACGUCCCAUUCUGCUGUCUGAGUUCUCACAGAAUAGCGUCGGGCAGUUGACCAGAAAGCAUCCGGUUCCCGAAACGGGUGGGUGGCCAUGA